CAAAACAUCAUGUAGCAUGGCUGCAGCUUCGGACCCCUUCACGUCUCUUCCUACAGAAAUAAAAGUGAUCAACAGGCUGAGCUCUGGUCUGUGCAGAGCAGGACGGAGGGAUGAGCCGGGAACUGGACGUGUGACCUCUCAGAAGCCCGUUGCCCUGGCUCCGUUUAGAGACGAUGUCCCCCUGCUGGACCCCUGCAGCGGCCAUCUGAGCGCAGGAGCCAGAGUGCAGCUUGGGAUCCAAAGCCGGACACAGUUUAUAGAUCCGUUUUCACAGUGGCUCAGAAAAAGUCCUCAAACAACUCCCAGUCUUUCAGUCCAAGGUUCAGCCGUUCCCUCUCAGUCACAGAGGACAGCAGCAACGCUCAGCAGCCUCCCUGGAAAACACGCUGGGCAUCUGACCUCCUCCUCUUCGUCGGCCCGCAGCUCACGGAGCGAUGACUCAGCGGCUUUCUGGCGCUACAUUUACACUUCUUCCACUCAGAGGGGCUAUGAGGAGGUGAACUGGGGUAUGAAGUUCCCCAGACCCCUAAACGCAGCUGGAGCGACCCUGGAGCGCCGGGCCGACCCUGUGAGCGAGCAGACCUCAUCAAGCAGGCCUCAACUCUGGCAGUCUGCAGGCGCUGAGUGGAACAGGCGACAACGUCAUCGCAGGAGCGACGCCAGGAAACCCAUUUCAUUCGGAACGAUUCGCUCAGAGAACAAGGAGGACAUUGACAAGAUGGAGGCAGAUUUCCAGCCUCUCACUGUGAAGAGAAGCAUCACACCGUCGUCCAGACUGACAGCGCAUAGGACCACAAUGCCAGGCUUCACAGACAAAGGUGUCCAUGCUCCCCCUGCUGCUGAGGAGGCCUCCGUCUCUGGAGUGACCCGAAGACGUGAGCGUGCGGCGCCGCUGUCCAGGAUGGUGACCUCUGUGACCCCCUGUAACCCUUACCUGAGCGCCCGGCUUCCUGCCUGGAGAGGCCUCAGCCCCGUGAAGAUGAGAAAGUUCUGAAGCAUCAUCUUCCUCUUUAUGUCGUCCAAUCAGUUUGUGUGAAUAGAAAGUCAGAAACUGAUCUGGAGUCAGUGGGAGAAUAAUGAGUUUUUCCAUUAUCAUAAUUUCCCUGAUUUAGAUGAGUAGUUUUCUAACUCUGGGUGCCGAGCGUUUGCAUUGUCCUCGUAUACAUUUGCUCUCUUACAGACGCACUCAGUCGUUAAGAGUGUGUGUGUGUGUGCGUGUGCGUGUGUGUGUGUGUGUGUGUGUGUGUGUGUGUGGUUUAGGGGUCGUCGGGUAAAUGGAUGGCAGUAAAUUGUUUUCAAUCGACCAUCUUUGUGUUUGAAGCAGCAGCAGCAGGUUUGGUGUUGCUGCUGCAGUUUGUGGUGCGAUCUUCUUCUGCUGCAGCAGCUGCUGCUGCAGCCGCCAGCAGUCACAUCAUUCUGAGGCAAACAUAUUGUGUAGAGAUUAUUAUGAAGUUCCUGCCAGCUAUAUCUUUAUGUCUGUGGUUUGAGCAGCUUCGCGCUUACACAGGAAAUAGGAAUGAGCUGGUUUUCCUGUUUCUCUUCAUCUAUAGUUUGUUUAGAUUUGCACUUGGAGGGAUUUCUACACCAACAUGCUGCUGAUUUGGUGACGGCUUGGAGACUCAUCUCACAUUUACCACACUAUUUGUUUUGGGGAAAACCGGGCAGUUUCAUACUGGGGGGUUAAUAAUUUUAAGCUUUUUGUUCUUGAUUCUCGAUUAUGGUUGAGAAUUCGGAGCGGUUCACACUUUAGCCACAAUACAACCUGCUGGCAUCGUUCAUUAAACCUCACUAGUGUCACCAAGCUGCAGCUGAGUCUGAUCUGACAGGCUGCGCUGGCCGCACGUCUAACUGCAGCGCUCCGCCAACAUUCAGCCAUUCAUCUUCAUUCCCAGGAAACGUUUCCACUUUCUGUCACUUUUACAACCACAACCUGAACCACAACGGGAUUUCAUGCCACAAACCAGGACAAGGUGGAAGAAAACUACAAUAUAAUGAAAGUAUUUGUAUUCAGUGAUGCUACAGAUUGGAUGGAGAGCAUCUGAGAAAGAGGUUCGGACUUUGACUAGGCCCUUCUAAUGAAUAAACCUGCUUCCAGGAGAUUGUCUUCCAGGACUGUCUUGUGAAUAAAUCUAUCUGAAUUCCCAUCUGCUGAAGAAAAGCAUCUACCCAGCAUGAUGCUGCCUCCACCUUGUUUCAUAAACAAUGUUUUCCAGAUGGAUUCCUGCCACUCCAACAUGGCAUCCAUUUUUAAGGAUCUCUGCAGGUUGUGUGGGACCAUGACUAUCUAAAAGUCAUAAAUACUUCAGACUCAUAGCUAGCUUAACAGUUCAAACGUUAAAUAUACUUUAAUACAGAUUAAAACGCACAGAGGAAACGGCCGCAGCAGGAUCAGAGCAGGGCAACUGAUGGCUAUUUUAGUAAUCGAUUGAGAUAUUGAUUAUUCUCAUGAUUAAUUGGAUAGACAAAUUGGGACAUUCUGCCGAUUUCUUAUUUAACCACUUAAGAAUUUUCUAUAAAAUGCAAAUAAACAAAUAAUCCUUUUUUUAAAUGCAAAAAUAAACAUUUUUAUGCUUAAAAUGCAAUGACAGAGAAUUUUUAGUGAAUUGGAACUGAGCAAAUAUAAAAAAAAAAUAUAUAUAUAUAUAAACGCAGGCAGGGAAAGAAUACAUGGAACAACAUAACCAACUGGUGGGCAUAGUGUACAGAAACAUCUGUGCAGAAAACGGACUGGAAGCCCAGAGAUCAAGGUGGGAAAAAUCCCCAAAGGUGGUGGAGAACGGUGGGACUUCUAGAUCCAGACAGACAAAACGGAAACGGCGAACCAACCGGACAUUGUGGUGGUGGAUAAACAACAGAGGAAAGCCGUUGUGGUGGAUGUAGUAAUACCAGGUGAUUGCAACAUCAGGAACAAGGAGCAUGAGAAACUGGAGAAAUACCAGGGCCUCAGAGAGGAACUGGAAAAGGCCUGGAAGGUGAAGACCACAGUGGUGCCGGUGGUCAUUGGGGCCCUCGGGGAACUUGGGGCCAUCACCCCCAAACUGGAGCAGUGGCUACAACAGAUCCCAGGAACAACAUCAGACAUCUCAGUACAGAAAUGUGCAGUUCUAGGCACAGCCAAGAUACUGUGAAGAGCCGAGCUCAGAGGAUGGGAGAGAGAAGAAGGGAAUUUUAUAUAUAUAUUUAAACUCCUCAACACCUUCCUCCCUUCAUGUCCAUGAUGCUGUUUGUUCUCUAUGAAAGCCAUAAGGCUAAUAAUCAUUAUACUGUCUGACAGAAAGCUGCUUUUUUUCCACAAAGAAGAAAUUAAUCUCCACUCUGAUCAAAUCUGUCGUCAAACAGACUGCAGAAUCAGAGCUUUUCAAGAUAAAAUCAGCUUUCUAGGUCAAAUAUGCAUCUGACUCAGUAAAGACCUUCUUACAACACCACACUGAUCAAAGCCAAAGAGCAUCACUUGUUUCAGGAACUGUGAUGCUGACAGCUUUUAAAACAUUUCAACUUAAAAUGAUGGUUUAAAAAUCUAAAAAGAAAGUACAAUCUCUUUCAGUUUUAAGGUUUUGCAAAGCAGAACAUAAUAUAAACUAUCCUGGGUGGUAUAAUUAUUUAAAUUAAACCUCAAGUGUGAGAAAACUGAUUUCACACGUUGUAUCAGAGCACCUCGGGCAGCGGAGGGGUGAAGCACGGCUGUGGAGGGGUGAUGAUCUGGGCUCGUUAGCAGCCACUAAUGGAACCGUGAGCUCCACUGAACGCUGGACCUUCUGGAGUCAGAUGUGAGGCAACACCUGCAGACAAGAGCAGCAGAAACUGAGUCAAAACCAGGAAUCAAGCUCAACAGAAAAACACAGAUUUU